AAAGCAGGGACCGGGUCCGCACGCCCCGCCCUCCUGCCCUGAUGCUGCGCGCGGAGAGGAAGAGCCCGGCCAGGGACGAAGGACACAAGGAGCCUCCACCAAUCCUCGUGACAGGAGAGGACAGCGCGGCCAAAGGCAGCAGACCCGUGGCCUCCACUCCGGUGCCCGGCUCCCCCUGGUGCGUGGUCUGGACGGGCGACGACCGGGUUUUCUUCUUCAACCCCACGAUGCAGCUGUCCGUGUGGGAGAAGCCCGUGGACCUGGAGCACCGCGGGGACCUCAACCGGAUCCUCGAGGACCCGCCGCACAAGCGCAAGCUGGAGGCCGCGGCCGCCGAGCACAGCGACGGGUCGGGCUCCGAAGACGGCCUGGAAGACCCGAACGUGAAAACCAAGAGGAACCGGACUGAAGGCCUCGUGAGCCCUGGCCCAGAGGAGGCGGAGAGAGAGGACAAGGGCACCAGGACGCCGCCGCCCCAGAUCCUCCUGCCGCUGGAGGAGCGGGUGACCCACUUCCGAGACAUGCUCCUGGAGAGAGGGGUGUCAGCGUUUUCUACGUGGGAGAAAGAAUUGCAUAAGGUCGUGUUUGAUCCCCGCUACCUCCUGCUGAACUCUGAGGAACGGAAACAGAUAUUUGAACAGUUUGUCAAGACGAGGAUAAAAGAGGAAUACAAGGAAAAGAAAAGCAAAUUGCUGCUAGCCAAAGAAGAAUUCAGAAAACUUCUGGAGGAGUCGAAGGUGUCGCCCAGGACCACAUUCAAGGAGUUUGCCGAGAAGUAUGGCCGGGACCAGAGAUUUCGACUUGUUCAAAAAAGGAAGGACCAAGAGCACUUUUUCAACCAAUUCAUCCUUACGCUUAAGAAACGGGACAAGGAAAACAGACUCAGGCUGCGGAAAAUGAGAUGAGUGUGUGGAAAAUGCAAUAAGACUGAGCUUCGCGGGAAAGGGGUGGGCGGUGGGGGCGGCCCAGGCUGCGCAGUGGGGUGCCUCCCGGGCCGGCUCAGUUCUCAGAGGAUUACUGUUUCAUAUUGAAGCUUUUUGUACAAUGUGCAGAGUUCGAUGCAUUUCUAAUUGCCAUGCCAUGUGGAUCCCUUGGUUGUUUUAAUUCUGCAAAUGACUUGUAAUAUAUACAGAUGCUAAACCCACUGCAGGUUGGUAACUCGGCAGAAGCGGGCACCACCUGAAACCAUCUCGAGGCGUUUUCCCGAGUUGAGCCGACUCCCUGCAGCUUCCCUGCCAACCUCUGUGAGUCCCUGCGGGCCCCCAGGAGUUCCCGGAGCCGGGGCGCUCCUCACUCAAGUGUCCUCACGUCUCCGUCUCGUUUUCUGCGUCGUAGCAAUAGGGUACUUUAUCAUUCGUCAUAGUGACAUCUGUGAACACCAGGGCACAGGGACGGGGGGGGAGGGCACUCCCAGGUGUAGUAAGGUAAUCACCUCAUACCCCCGGGACACCCCGGCCCGGAGAGGGGGCUGCACUGCCUGUCGGAGGUCCCACCGAAAAAGAAUUAUUUUGUACAAAACCAUCCAAUGACAUUUGAGUUAUUUUU